CUCGAAACGAGCGUUCAACAGCUUUCCGAGAGUUGUACACAAACCCUGCCAGUCUCCUCUCGCCGCUGACAAAUUCCGCUCGACCGUUCGAGACUAUCGACAUCGAUCAUCCCAAGAAAUCCUAAUCCGCCGAUUCCACAUCGAGUUAUCCUCGAUUCGAAGCUGUUUGCUCGUUCAAAUUGGAACUUCCAGUUCGAAACGAGGAUGCAGGCAGAGAAGACCGACACCGAGACCGAGAAGGUCGAGAAGAACCACGUCAAGGAGAAGAACGAGGCCAAGGUGGAGAAAAACGACGCCAACAAGGAGUCGGAGGAGGAGGCGGUCACGAAUAAAGUCGCGAAUUUGAAGAUCGAGGAGGAGUCGGGAAGCUCGGCGCCGAGCAGCCCCGGCGCCGCGCAGCCGGGCAGCUUUUUAGGGAACUUCAAGGCGUUCUCGAAAUUCGGCGACUCGAAAAGCGACGGGAAACUGAUCACCCUCAGCCAGAGCGACAAAUGGAUGAAGCAGGCGAAGGUGAUCGAUGGGAAGAAGAUCACCACCACCGACACCGGGAUCUACUUCAAAAAGCACAAAUCGAUGAAAUUGGGAAUCGAACAGUACAAAGCGUUCUUGGAAGAAUUAGCGAAGGCGAAGAAGGUCGAUCUAGCCGAGAUGAAGAAGAAAAUGGCGACCUGCGGGCCGCCUGGAGUAACGAGUAGCACGGCGGCUGGAAAGGCAGCGUCCGCAGUGGACAGGCUGACGGACGUCAGCAAGUACACCGGCUCGCACAAGCAGCGUUUCGACGAGGCCGGAAGAGGCAAAGGGAUCGCCGGUCGCAAGGAUCUGCCGGACCAGUCCGGCUACGUGCAAGGCUACCAGAACAAGGACACUUACAACAAAGCCCAUUAACCCGUGAUCGCGAUGUCUUCGACACUCUCUUGUCCCGUCCACGUAUUCCACGCGCGGCGGACGCGCCGAUCGUCGCGUUCACGCCUCGUCUUCGUCACAUUGUUGCUUCGUUGGUGGUCAUCCUGACGAUUUAACGGCUCGAAUGGCACUGAUAACGAUCGAGGAUUCGAGGGUCGCGAGCGCGUCGCAAUCUGGACAUUUCGGGCGAUCCCUUGGCGAUCCCAUUGGAACGAAGACACGAACAGAAAUGAAGGAAAACGGGAUUCGGGACGUUGGUCCGUCUUUGUCACGAUCCUCGAGCCCACUGUUAUGUAUGAACCGACUCGCCGAUGAGAAAUAACGAAGUAAUCAAUCGAACGAAGGUAAUGAUGCUCAUUGGUGGCCGCUGAGAGAGACAUUCUUCGUUCACGAGGAUCGUUGGCCUUUGUUUCGAUUUUAUGCAAUCACUUUACUUGCGGACUUAGAUACUUCGACUCUCUAUUACAUUAACAUUGUAUUUCGUUCCUUGUUCAAAUAAAAUAGGGGUUAAGGUAACAAACAUCGCGAUCGCGAACGGUACGAGUUAAGGAAUAAUUGUCUGGCGAUUUGUUCCGGCGUUGUUUUGGCUCCGACAAAAUGGCGUCUCCGUGAGGUUAUACGAUGUUUCAGAGGCGAGGCAACGUAACGAAGUUAUUCCUUUCUGUUUCGAUCCGUUGUAUUAUACGAUUUCGCUAACCGUGAUAGUUUCCGUUGAGCUUUCUACUUCUCACUUCUCCUGUAUUCCGUAACGAUCGGGUCUCUCGCUGGCCGCCAUUUUGUCGGCCAGCGGCAAGCGCAAUAACACAGCUGUUACGCUCGAUCGCGGUGUUGUACAGUCGGCGAAACCGAAUUUCGGGCGUACGGAGAUCGAACUUGUGAUUGUUCUUACGAUAUUUACAUUAUACAUAUAUAUAUAAAUACUAUAUAUAUAAAUAUAUAUAUACGUAAUCGAUUAAAGUGUACUUAAAACCGAGCUGCUGGUGACGGCAGCGGCGGGUUCGAGACCAAAAUCCGUGACUUGGUACUAACUCUCGGAGAUAUUUCUGUAAAAUAUUGAAAGAAACGGAAAGCAGCGGCGGUCGUUCGCGUCUCGUCCGCUGCUGGGACGUCGGAUGCGUAAUCUUCUCUCAGCCUAUUUUCUAUCGAGCGUCGUUUCGAGAUGAAUUGUCGCCGAUUCCGAGCUUCCGGUGUCAUGUGUUACAUUCCCGAAUCAAUUUCUUCGGAGGGAUUUUUCUCGCUUUCCCGCGUGUACGUUUCCCAAUUGUAUCCGUAACGAACGCACUCCACGAAUUCUCUAAUCGAUGUAAGUACACUUACUUAGGGGACAGCAUCGAGAUCGUUUCUCUCGAACGAGCGAGCCGUCUUUAUUCGGGAUAAUAAAGAGUUGAACGAAAAUUUCGCUUGUGCCUGUUCACCGCACGCCCGCACCGACGAUUCUUCAAAUUCACCAUUUAACCUUUAUUAUUUCCCUCCUGGAUAAAUGAAACGUUAACACUUCGGUUGCUAAGUCAUUUUACGCUUGUCUAAAGAGCCAAUGAUUAACCGCCUUGGAUUUUUCAACAAACUUUGCAGUAGCCAUUUGCAAUCACCAUAGAGAACUAACAGGUCACUGAAAUUAGUAGUAUUUAAUAUCCUUCAAGGCAAUUAUUUAAAAGAACAUUACGAAGUUGAAUUUUUAUACAGCAGAAUCAUUAAGAAAUCUAUUAGUAACCGGUAAUAACGAUUACCAUUCAUUUCAGUGAAACGUUAGGAAUAUUUUCAACGCUUUAGUGGAGGAUAGAAUCAAUCGCAGGCGGAGAUAAUUGAAACACGCCGAUUUCAUUGAAAAGUUCGUUUAUUUCGGACUCCAGUGCUCCGUCGCAGAGACAGAAAUGAACAUCGCAGAAGCCAAUGCGAGUCCGUGCAAGUCUUCCUAUUUAAAAAUACAAAUCGGAGGAAGUUCGGCGGUCCCCGACGAUCGGUGGCCUCGAUCGGAUCGCGAUCGGCGCCGGUCGCGGAGGAAAUUAGGUGUAAUUAAAUGCUUGUCAAGCGAGUCCGUUCUAAAUACAAUAAUCGACGAGAUCGUCGCGUGGAUCGUUCCGUGUUGUUCACGGGAAACGAUUCUCCCCAGCGAUCGGUUCGACGCAAUUUCCUAACAGUGGAAUACAAAUCGAGAAGCAAUCAUCGACGAGUCGCUGCGUCGUUCGUUCUCUUCUUCUUCUUCUUCAUUUUUUUUUUGUUUUUUAUUCUUUUCACUUUUCGUCGUUUCUAACGUAUCGUGCACGCGGCGGUUCACGGUGCGGUUCGUUUACAAAAAGAAAAGAAUACUGAGUGAAAGGAAACGAUAGGCAAAAAUAGAAAGAGAUAGAGAGGAGACAGAAUUAAAUAACGUUCAUUAAAUUACAACGACACUAGAAACCAAUCAUCAUACGCGUGAUAUAAUACAAAUAUUUAUAUUUAUAUUUAUAUAUAUAUAUAUACUAUUUAUAUAUAAUAUAUAUAGAAAAGUGUAUAUAUAUUAAACUCUGUGCUCGAUUCGAAAUCGAAGUGAUCGUACAAAAACAAAAACGGUCAUGCAAUACAAUUGCACAAGAAAAGAGAGGAGCGUGCAUUGGACACCGCUAGGGUCGAAACUUCCGAGCACCGUUUCAUCCUCGGACUGUCUCUCCGUUAUUUCUCGAUUCGCUGAUUAUCUAACGCGGAACUUAACGUAAAAAUCGCGGUAAUACCUUCGACGGUUCCUAAGCGAACCGCGCGCGUCCGGAACGGCGAGGACCGAAAUAUGCUCCGAAGGCUUUCGAGUACGGAUAUCUCGCUACGCGUCGCGCAAGCAGCAAGAGGAAUCUCUUCUGACGCGUACGGUUCCACGCGAAGAGUCGUUAAAUAAAGAUAACACGCGUCGCCCGGAAACGGUGUCUCGUUUCCGUUCGAAUCGCCGAAGCCCCGAGCGACGCGGCUUCGGGAAAUCGCGGUUUCGUUUCGGUCGCGAUCGAUGCGAUCGCGUUUGAGUACGUUCGAGGGCGGCUUAACAGAUCUGAGACCGUGGUCUUAACCAAGAAACCGUUCGUGCAGUUAUAAUAACGAAUAAAUUAACAUCGAAAGAAUUUAUUAUAACACACAGUUAUGGUGACACUUAACCUUACGAGAAGCUAAAAGAUAGAAGGAUAAGAGGAAACACGUUUUCCGGCGAUUCCUAUCGUUGCAAUAUAAUGCGUGUUAUAUUACAAUGUAGAGCGAGUUCCGCUCGUUUCAUUUGAAACUGACUGAUCAUACCGAUCUCUGUACAUGACCCACACGGUGGGUCGUCGGUCUCGAGUGUGUUAAGCGUCUCCCGUUGGCGAACGAGCGUUUCAAAACGGUUCGAGAGUUGGUCUCCCGCAGAUGAGACGGAGAGUCGCCAGUGGCUUUUCCUCGAGAUGAUUACUUUUCUAGAGAAACGGAGAGAGUUACAACUCGGUGAGAGUGUCGACCGACGCUCGAAGCCUCGAUCGGCCGGUCGAGUCGCAGGACCCUUUGCUGGUCCCUACGCCGUCCAAUCGUGAGAUGAUCUCGUCCCUGAGGGCGACGAGGACGCGACGAUCCUGCCUGUUCUGGGGUGGAGCGAUCUGCAGAGCCUCUUGGACGUCGGACAAGGCAUCCUCCAGCAAGCCCGAGUCGACGCGCGCUUUCGCCCUGGCGUAGAACGCUUCGUAGGACACUGGCCGAACCUUCAGAGCCUCGUCAGCGAGCUCGAUUGCUUCCGCACAUUCCUGCGAGCACGGAUUAUCCGAAUAAUGAGGAUUAACCAAGCUUGAAACUAGGCAACUUGUCUUUCUACUACCAAACACUCCUGACGCUUCCCUUCUUUUGGAGAUAAUAUAUAUUUGCUAAACUAGAAAUCACUCUCGAUCCUUUCUUUAAUCUCCUUGCACGAGAGAUGAUUUGUUUGAUGUUAGGAUCGUGUUUAUGAUUCCUAACCCUUCGCGGACGAAGAUACUUUGAAAUGUACAAAACAUUCAGCAGAUGAAGGUAAAUUAUAUAUAUAUUUCUGAAAUGCCGAGGUUCGUC